AUGAAAACGGUUGCAAAAGUUAGAGCAGUGAAAUCUCAGAUCAAUCACGCUACUCGCACCACACCCGAGAUCGAUCUACUGCUCGAGGAAUCUCGAAAAAUGCCAUUCACUACUCGCAUCACCGAAACUAGGGUUUCGAAUCCUGGAAAGAUCAAGGCUUUCCAUAUUGCGAUUGUGAGAGCCAAGUUUAGAGAAAGUGAAAGAUAUGCGAGCGGAUGCCGCCUCUUCGUCGAAAACCUCCGAGGAGCAGAACUCGAGUGGUUCUCUCGCCUAAGGCAAAAUUCCAUCGGAAGUUUCCGCCUACUCGCCUCGGAGUUUUUUAAGCAGUACUUUACGCUCAUAGAUCGAGAAACCUCCGAUGUCGUUCUCUGGAGCAUGUCCCAGGGAGAGGACGAAUCUCUCCGUGACUUCAUGAAACAGAGGUGGAUAACUUUGGAUAAGCCGCGUACGAUCCAAGACGCGCUCCAUAAAGCCACGAACUACAUAAUCAUCGAAGAAGAGACAAAAGUCUUGUCGCAAAAGCUGAGGCUGACGAAGACAUCGUCAAAGGAUCCUAGGUCGGAUCAGAAGUCUAAAAAGAAAAACCCUCCGAACGACAAAAACGUCCAUCACGGGGAAGAAGAGACCCAUGGAGCGCAUAACUACGCCAUCAACGCCGGAUCAGAGCAAGGCCGGAUGACGAGCAAUACAUGUACCCAAAAUCUAAAUUACGACGAGAACGCCUUCUGCGACUUUAACCAGGCCCGCGGCCACUCGACUGUAAACUGCAAAGUUCUCGGCACUAGGUUGGCCGCGAAGCUGCUCGCGGGAGAAAUCGCCGAAGUGUCUAGCGUAAAAGAUCUCGUCCGUGAUUCAGACCGCCCUCCAAGAAACGAUAAGCCCCCUCAAACGGAGAACUCUCUCCAAGGGAACCAAUCGGGAGAAAAACGUGGGAGGAGGCAGGACGACAAGGGCAACGACAAUAGUCGCCGCAUAGUUAAUUUGAUCAUCCGAAGAUUCGCAAUACUGCAGUGA